AUGGCUGCCUCCAGCAAGCCUCGAGUUCUCAUCAUCGGGUGCACUGGCUACAUCGGGAGGUUCAUUACAAACGCCAGCAUUCGUCUCGGCUAUCCGACUUAUCUGCUUGUCCGCCCAGAGGUUGCAAGUGAUGUGUACAAGGCUGCCAUGGGAUCUGUGACUGACGAAAAGAAGCUCGUGGAGGCUUUAAAGCUGGUCGAUAUUGUCAUUUGCAGCAUAGCAGAAAAGAAUUUGAAUGACCAAAGGUUCUUACCUUCGGAGUUUGGAAUGGAUCCCGGGCUCAUGGAUCACGCAAUCGCUCCGGGGAACAAAGUUUUCAUGGACAAGAUGAAAAUUCGGAGGGCCAUCGAAGCGGCACAAAUCCCACACACGUACGUCUCCGCGAAUUGCUUCGCUGGUUACUUCCUCUCUGGCAUCGCACAGUUCGGCCGCUUCUUUCCUCCUCGAGACACAGCAGUCGUCUACGGUGAGGGAAAUGCGAAAGUGAUUUGGGUGGACGAGAACGACGUCGGGACUUUUGUGCUCAAAGCCGCCGAGGAUCCGCGGACUCUAAACACGUCUGUGUACAUCCGGCCACCGAAGAACAUACUCUCCUUGAACGAAGUCCUCCAGCUGUGGGAGAAGAAGAUCGGCAAAACGCUCGAGAAGCAAACCUUGCUUGAAGAGGAGUUCAUGAGCAUGAUAAGCAACGGUAAGAGAGAAGCAAUUCCAAUACAAAAUUCUUCUUUCAUUUCCUCAACGCUGUGUAUACAUGCAGAGAAGGCUUCUUUGCCGGAGAGAGCGGCCCUUGCACACUUCUAUCAGAUAUUUUACCGAGGGGACCUGAUGUUUGAGAUAGGCCCGGACGGGCGAGACACGGGAGAGCUCUAUCCCGACGUAAGCUACACGACUGUGGACGCCUACCUUGAUCGUUACUUGUGA